UUGUCAAGUUAAAAAAAAAGAUAAGGAAAAAAAAAAUGGAAAGAAAAGUUGGCAUAAUAGGAGCAGGAAUUAGUGGUCUAUUAGCAUGUAAAUAUGCCCUUGCUAAGGGUUACCAACCCUUAGUUUUUGAGUCUAGAAACACAAUUGGUGGUGUUUGGACCAAAACUCUAGAAACUACUAAACUCCAAACUCCUAAAUCAUUUUUUCAAUUUUCUGAUUUUCCUUGGCCUUCUUUUGUUGAUACACUUUACCCUUCCCAAACCCAAGUGUUUGAUUAUCUUCAAUCUUAUGCUAAGCAUUUUGAUUUGCUUAAACACAUUAGGUUUAAUACUAAUGUGUUGAAUAUUAAGUAUCAUAAAGGUCCAUCACAUGAAGAAAACAACCCAUCUAAUUGGGGUGGUGACCAUAAUGGUGACCCUUUUGGUAAUAAGGGUAAAUGGAUUAUUACCACGCAACAUCUCCUUACACAAACCGUUGAGGUGACGCAAGUAGAUUUUGUAAUUCUGUGUCUGGGACGAUUCAGUGACGUGGCAAAUAUUCCAGAAUUCCCCAUAGACCAAGGGCCAGAAGUAUUUGAAGGGAAGGUCAUGCAUUCAAUAGAAUAUUCUAAUUUGGAGAAUGAAAAGGCUAGAGAUUUGAUUAAAGGGAAGCGAGUUACAGUGGUUGGCUUCAAAAAAACUGCACUUGAUAUUGCUAUGCAGUGCGCAACUGUCAAUGGAGUAAAAUAUCCAUGCACAAUGAUAUGUAGGACUCCACAUUGGAAUGUUUAUCAGUCCAUUCCUUGGGCAAACAUGUUUUUGAAUCGUUUCUCAGAACUAUUGAUUCAUAAACCUGGUGAUGGCCCUCUACUUAACUUCCUAGCCACACUCUUAUCUCCUUUGAGAUGGGGAAUUGGCAAAUAUGUGGAGAAUGAUAUUAAGAAGAAACAUUCUCUCAAAAAGAUUGGCAUGGUACCUAACCACAGUUUCUUACAAGCAAUGAACUCUUGUUUAGUUGUAACAACACCAGAAGGGUUUUAUGACAAUGUUGAUAAAGGAAGCAUUAUUUUGAAAAGAUCUCCAACUUUUACCUUUCACAAAGAAGGUGUUUUACUUUGUGAUGAUAGUGAUUAUGGAACUAAUAAACCUAUUAAGAAUGAUUUGGUUAUUUUUGCUACUGGAUUUAAGGGUGAUCAGAAGCUUAGAGAUAUCUUUGCAUCUCCUAAUUUCCAGAAAUGCAUUUCCAGCUCCUGCAAUGAGACGACUCCAUUAUAUAGGGAAUGUAUCCACCCACGAAUUCCACAACUAGCAGUGAUUGGUUUUUCAGAAAGCUUUGCAAACUUGUUUGCCUCAGAAAUAAGGUGUCGUUGGUUAUUUGAAUUACUUGAUGGGAAAUUCAAAUUGCCAAAUAUUCAAGAAAUGGAGAAAGAUGUGUUAAUAUGGAAAAAGUCCAUGAAAACGUUUUCACCCAAGUAUUAUGGAAGGCCAUGCAUAGGAGCAUUACAUAUUUGGUACAAUGAUCGAUUAUGUGAAGAUAUGGGCUUAAACCCAAAGAGAAAGAAGGGUAUAUGGGCCGAAUUAUUUGAACCAUAUACCCCAACGGACUAUGCUUAACAUUAAUUAGUAAUUACCCAAAAGAAAAUUUGUAACAAAAAAUAAAUGGGUUUGUAAACUACUUUUAAUUUUGUGUGCUUCUUACUCCCUAGGCCCAACUUGUGUAACGAUAGUAAUAUACUUCAUCUGUUUCACAAAUAUCAUACUAUGUAGACUUUUAUACUAUUUAUAUUGUGUCUUUGAUUAUCUUUUGAAUUAUAUAUGUAAAAUAAUAUGUAA